AUGGCGCCGGCAACCGAUGAACUCUCUGCACCUGGUGCAGGUCUCAAUCAUGAAACCAUGCGUUACAAUGGCAUGGGAAACAGAUUUUCUACACUUACACAAUAUCAUGGUCUUGUACUAGCACAUGCCGUUUUGGGAACAAUAAUAUUCCUCUUUCUCAUCCCCUUCUCUGUCAUGACAGCCAGAUUCUAUUCAAGGCGUCCUGGCUGGGCCAUCAAAUACCAUGGUCAGCUCAAUGUCUUUUCCGGCUUGUUACUGGUGCCUCUCUUUAUCCUGGGCUACUUUGCAGUCGGCCCGGAACGAAGCUUGACGAACCCACAUCAUGGGAUUGGUGUCGCCAUAUUUACUCUAUUUCUAGUUCAGCUUAUGGGCGGCUGGAUCGUGCGAAGGGUGGCCAAGUCCGUCUCUUUGCGCAUCAUGAUUCACCAAUGGUUCGGUCGAGCGAUUGCCCUUUUAGGCAUUACUCAGGUUCCCCUGGGACUCACCUUGUACGGCUCGCCACUCUACCUGUUCAUUCUCUACGCUGUCUGGAUGUUCUUUCUUUUUAUUUUGUACUUCAUCUUGAGUUGGCGGUCUGCUUCUCACCGGGACUACUAUAUGGGUGGAGCACGCUCAGAAAUGCGGUCUGAGUUGGCGCCAACAGAUGAUACACGCACUCGAUACACAGAGUCUGAAUAUUUCUCAGAGUACAAAUCGGAGCCUCCUAAGAGCAAAGCCAAAUGGCUAGGCCCAUUUAUCGCACUCGGUGGACUCGCAGCCCUGGCCAGAGGACGAAACAAGAAUAAGAACCAAGACAAUGGCAGUCGAGUCCGAAGUCGAUCCCCUUCCUUUGAUCGCAGCCAAAGACCAGAAGUUCUCCCAUCUAGGACCGGAUCAGCUAGCUAUCUCACUGGACAUACCGGGGAAAAGUAUUCCGAUGUAACGCGGAAGGACAAUAGCGGAGCUGGAGCCGGAGGUGGAAUCGCAAAGUUCUUGGCCGUCCUGGGACUUGGAAAACUGUUCUCCAAAAAGGAUCGCUCACGCGAUGAAGACUACUCAGAGUAUUCUGCAGUAUCGACUGAAACACCCAGGCGCCACCGCGCAACCGCGAGCGCUCCAACUAUGACUGACUUUACCAGGACUGAUUUUACCAGCGAUGUUACACCCAAUAAUAGGAGAGAGCCCGAUAUCACGCGUACUUCGUUACUCCCCCCCUCUGGAAAUCGUCCGCCACCUCCUGCAAUGUCGCAAAUGCGGAGCGCCGCUGAUGGAAGUUAUACCGAGACUGCUCUGAGCUCCCCUCCUCCAUCUGUCACCCCUCGAGGCAAACGAUACCCGCCAAAUUCAGGUCGCAGCUUCUUCGAAGAGUCAGACUAUUCUUCCUAUGUCAGUCCUUCUCGACGACCACAGCCUGAGAAGUCUGGUGGUGGUUUUGCGAAAGGACUGCUAGGUGGCCUUGGUUUCGGAUGGUUUGCGAAAAAGAUGGCGGACAGGAGGGCAGCAAAGGAAGAGCAACGCUUACGUGAUGAAGAGGACUUGAGAUCCGGUACCUCAUUGUCCAGGUUUACCGGCGGCGACGGACACGACUCUCCCACGAGACGAGACAGCCGCCGGCCCAUCGAACGUCGACAAACAGGCUACCCUCCCACGGACACACUUCUAUCAACCGAGAUGUCGGAAUCGACGAUUGAGCCCCGGCCUGCACGAGGUAACUACGUCCCACCUACUGAAAUGAGCACUUUACCCCCACAAUCAAAUCUCCCACCCGUGGCCGGCCGUGCAGGAAACCACUCGAGACGCAGCAGUGAGCAUGUCUCAAUGCCUGCGAUGCCACCUGAUCCCCACGGUAUCCUGGCACCCACUGAAACCACGGCCUCAGGAAUAUCCCCAGGAUCUCGGGCUCAGCGGUCCCGUCAAGGCCGGCCCGGUGACCGAGAUACAUCAAGACUUGCCCCAGGCGAGGAAGAUCCGCGUUACGAACGCUAUGCAUCCCCAGCCAGUGUCAGUGUCAAGAUGAAGGUACAUGAUGAUAAAGACAGGAACGUGACCCUCCGACGACUUACAGAGGAGGAAGCAAAGGCAGCACGGGGCCGAAGAGACUCUGCUAGCAGCAUCUCUGGACUCGAGUCUCCCUCGUACCGCCGACGUUACCGAAGAGACUCCAGCCAAAAGCGAGCUGAGACGGCUGCCGAGCGAAGAGCUGAAGAGGAGGAUGCCAUGCCGCCUCUGUCCCCCCCGAACCCUUCCUUUGCGAAGCAAAAACGACGAGGCAAAGACUCCGCGUAUUACUCCGGACAACCAACACAGGCACAAACGCCAGCGUCGCUACUGCCAGGCGCCUCAGCCCAGUUUGGCCAAACAGUGUCUAGUUUGGCUGAGAGCCAUGGCACUUGGAGUGGUAUCACUCCAUCUGUCAACACCUCGCCCCCUGGACCUGCUGGGGAAGGGCCAGUUGACGGAUCGGCCGCAGCAGAAAAUCGACGACAACGGCGACGACUCGAAAGGAGACGUGCAAGCGGACCUACUGCUGAGCCACCUGCCACUACCAAUGUCGACAUGUUUGACUGA